AUGUCGGUCUCGAAUGAGCCUAUAGACAUUCCAGUUCUUCCACCUUUGGAGACAUCCCCGUUCAACACUAACAACGAUAAUCUCCUUGUACCAGCAGACAAGGACUCCGCCAGCUUUCAAUCCCCCUCACUCUCUUUCGCCGAAUCGUUUUCGACAGCCCUCUCAUCACCCGGAGACGCCAGUGAAGAGGCCACCAAACUCCCUUUAUCUUCACUGUCCCCUCUACAAAAUCUCCGGAAAUCUAUAUCUGUCGACUCAUUUGUUCAGUAUGGUCGCGAGGGGUCUCGAAAUUAUUCAAAUCAGUCUCCCAAACAUUUGAAAAACAGUCUAUAUGACACAGAAAUGGGGACAGAUAGUAACACUCAUCCAGAAGUGGAACCUUGGUCUAGCCGACGCGAGAACUUGAGCUCUAGUUCUACCCCAGUAGAUCAUGAUUCACCCUCCCCGCUGGAUUUUGAUGUUGAUCGUUCUGACUCCAUUACCGAUGCUAAUUCCUCAGAACGUUUUCGACGUAUAUCUUUAAAAACGCAAGAGCCGACUAUACCCUUUAUACGAGGGGGACAUUUACCUCUUCCCUCGAGAGCCCGAAAUAACAGUGCUUCAAUGGCUUCCACGGUGACAGCAAUCAGGGAACGAGGGGUCGUUUCCUCAAUGUCAUCUCUUCAAUCCCCUUCAUUGAAUAGCUCGACUUAUGAAUUCUUCCCUGCGGGUCGAACGCGCAGUGGAAGUUUGGGCUACAACCCCCCACAGUCCUCCAAGCGUGUCGUAAACACUGUAUUGGAGUCUAUACAAACUGUCGUCCUUGCUGUUAUAGGGACCACUGGUUGCGGCAAAUCAACAGUCAUUCGCAAGGGCCUUUCGCAGUACAAAUUAUCAGAAACAACUACGUUGAUGGAGUCUUCUCACCCUUCACGCCUACCUCGAUCUGUAGACAAACGCCGGAGUAGUUCACUCACAGUGGAUUUGCCAGCUUCUCCAGUAUCCCCAGUGACAUCUCAGCCUGCUAUUAUCGACUCUAUUGAAGUUGAGAUAUCAAGCACAAGCAAUGUCCCACUUCCUUGGCCAAAAGACCUACCCACCAUUGACGGCCUCAUCAUUUGUUACGACCGGUCCAAUAAAAGUUCAUUCGAACCUGUGGAAGCCCUUCUCAAGAAUUAUAGGUCGACUAAUUUACCAAUCAUGGUCUUGGGAUGCAAAUCCGAUUUAAGCUCGGAAGUGGAUUCUAAUGAUUCUUUGAGCAUGUUGAAGAAAUAUGACACUGGCCUGAUUGAGGUGUCCAAUCAAAGUGAUGAUGGGAAGGAGAAAAUGAGACAGUCCUUCUCAUACAUGCUCAAAGCCGUUGCUCGGCAGAGAGGUAUCGUCUCCUUUGACCUCCUGUCGAUUGUUAUUAAUACUGGUGUAGUACCAAAGAAACAGGAUGAUGCUAGAAAUCCGGCGGCGCCUCCACCAUUGCAUCGCGUCGGGACACCAUGGACAGAUUUCGAACAAACGGCGCCGUCAAGCUCAACUUUGAUACCCUCAACAAGUGAAACCCCUUCCAAGUCUGAAAAUACUGAUAUACCCCCAAAUACCAGCCCACCCAUCCCCGCAGCUAUUACGCAGUCACCAAUUUGGUCACAGUCCAGCAAUGAUGAUAAUAUAGAUUCCCAGCCGUCGGUGGGCACAGAAUUAUUACCAGCGGUUUCUUCUGAAGAUACCCAUACGGAGCCUGUGGAAAAUUUACCAUCUCAUAUUGACGAACCCGCGCCAUCUAUAGUUCAAAAAAAAACUGUCAAAGAGCCGCGUCCUGCCCAAUGGGCAGAUCUAGAUGCACUGCUUGAUAAGUUGCUAUUUUUGGCCGUUAGUGGUGAAGAACCGAACUUUAUCACCAACUUUCUCUUGACAUUUCGGCGGUUCACUACACCCAGAACCGUCUUGCUUGCUAUGCAAAAGAGAAUGCGACAGCUUGAUAAUCCAUCAGGGGACCCAAUGUUUGCCUGUUUUGCUCAAAUGCGAAUUUGCCACCUCUUAGAAACAUGGAUACAUGAUUUUGCGCAUGAUUUUUCCGUGCCAGGGACGUCUGGCGCCCUCAAUGCCCUAAUAAAAUCCAUAAUUGCCAAAACUCACCUUCUACAUUAUGGGUCGGAAUUUCUCCCCUUCUUGGAACAAUUGCCUAGCCUUAAGGAUCAAGAUACCGCUUGGGCAAAAAAGGUUGAAUUUAUCGAGAAUGAAAGUGAUGAAAGUGAGGCCGAAGAUGAUGAGACUAGGGUUGGCGACACGGAGUCUGUAGAAAUGGAUUCAGAUGUCUUGCCACCUUCUACUUCACCUCAAGCAUCGUUUCCUGCUCGAGAGCGCAAAUCCAGUACCCCUUUGCCAAAGACAAUAUCGAUACCGCCGCAACUCAACAGUUACCUACAGUCCAACCAGGACCAACCUCCAAAGCAGCAAUUAAAGGAAUUAGUCAAGCUUGCGCAGGAAGUUUUGAAUACUGAUCCCUCUGAGAUAGCUCAGGAAAUCACUCGAAUAUGGGUCAAACUUUUUUUAAAUAUAAAGCCUCGGGACUGGCUGCAUUAUACAUUUGUAUCGGGGAAAACAAUUGGCGAACCCAUCACUGCAUUCAAUACUGUAUCAAAUCAUCUUGCAGACUGGGUCGUGUCAUUGAUUCUUUGCCACGAACGACCAAGAAAUCGUGCCCGACAGAUUGAGAAGUUUGUCGAAAUUGCCCAGAAACUCAGACAAAUGAACAAUUAUUCAGCAUUGCGUGCUUUUGUGGCUGGAAUCAAUAAUGCCACUGACGAUCCCACUAUGGAGCUUUUCAAGACUAAAUCACCAGAUGCGUCGAAAAAUCUGAGGUCGUGGGAUGUACUUUUACAGCAAGUACGCGCCCAUCGCGCUUAUCGACUGGCGUUACGAAAUUCGAAAGGGGCUUGCAUUCCAGCCUUGGAGGUCCAUAUGACGGAUCUUAUCCGAGCGCACGAGGGAAAUGGAGACUCAAACCCUGCAUAUCCUGACAAGAUUCAUUGGGGGAAGUUCAACAUGAUGGGUCGCUUUAUCUCUAGCACCCUACAGUGCCAAGCUCAAUGUCGAAACUCGCAUGAUUACGAUUUCCCGGAACGCCCUGCCAUUACACAACUGAUUUUCAAAGCAAAUGUUAUGUCGAUUGAGAUGCAAAAGUCAAGAUUAAAAUCCCAAGAGUUUGAUUAUGAUGAUGCUGUUCCUCAUAGUCAGCCUAAGGACGUCGCAGGUCUACGGAAGAUAUUCUUCUGGUGA